GGGGGGCUGAUCUGCUUCUUCUGGAGGCCACCAUGUCUGUUGAUGGGACCCGUUUACUGUUUGAAGGGUUUCUGCAGAAAAGGAAAGAUACUCUGAAACUGAUGUGGGCCACGUACUGGUUCAGGCUUCAGAACACGACCCUGUUCUUCUACAAUGAGAAGAACUGCGAUGCUUCUACCUUGAAAGGUUAUUACUACAUUUACAAAGUACAAUCAGUGCGAGAGGUUCCAAAAGCUUCCAAGAAGCACUUUCUGUUUGAAAUCAUCUUGGCAAAUGGGAAGAGCAAAAUGUUGGCAGCAAAGACAGCAGCUCUCAGAGAGCAAUGGAUUGAGCACCUUUGGGAAGCCAUGCGCCUGUCUACCUCUGCAGGAACACUCAUGACGCUGCUGCCUCCCAUGCAGACGACUCCUCUUACUCCUCAGCAAAUCUACCCUGAAACCAGGAUCUACGAGGAGCACAGCUAUCACCCCGAAUCUCAUUCCAGUGAGUUCAGUGGUGAAGAUCACCAAUCAGAUGGAGACUAUGAUCACUUACCUUGCAGAGCCAUUCAGAAGAUCAGCACUCCAACAAAGAUGGAUGAUGUGUAUGAUUCUCCCAGAUCUUACUUUAAAAAGACUGAAUGUGAGGAUCCCACUUAUGACGUCCCGACCUGUCAUUUAAGGAAGACUUUUUGCACGACGGUUUCAGAGGAGGAAACCCAGUGAAGGAAUCGAGAUGCAGAUCCAACAUGCCAACAUCCAACAUGUCUUCUCGUGUGUAGAGAGGACAUUUCCUUUCACUAACUAAACUGUCACAUCUACAUCUUUUUGUUUUGGAGGAGAAGAAAAGUGGAAGUCAUGUGUGUUGACUUAACA